GGAGACGGCCUCGCUGUUCCGCAAUAAUCAGGAUGGCGGCUACGGUGACGCUGGAGCCCGCGGGCCGCUGCGCGUGGGACGAGCCCGUGCGCAUCACCGUGCGUGGCCUCUCCCCGGGACAGCCUGUCACGCUGCGCACGUCCCUGCGCGACGAGAAGGGCGCGCUCUUCCGGGCCCACGCGCGGUACCAAGCGGACGCCGGCGGCCUCCUGGACCUGGCGCGCGCGCCCGCGCUGGGCGGCAGCUUCACGGGGCUCGAGCCCAUGGGGCUGCUCUGGGCCCUGGAGCCCGAGAAGCCCUUGGUGCGGCUGGUGAAGCGGGACGUGCAGACGCCCUUCGCGGUGGAGCUGGAGGUGCUCGAGGGCCACGAGCCCGACGCCGGGCGGCUCCUGGGCCGGGCGGUGCUGGAGCGCGACUUCCUGCGGCCGGGGAUGCGGCGGGUGCCGGUGCGCGCGGGCCGGGUGCGCGGCACGCUCUUCCUGCCGCCUGGUGCAGGACCCUUCCCUGGGAUCAUCGAUCUGUUUGGGAGUGGCGGUGGCCUUUGUGAAUACAGGGCCAGCCUCCUGGCUGGACAUGGUUUUGCUGUGCUUGCUUUGGCUUAUUUCAAAUUUGAAGACCUCCCUGAAUAUUUGGAUGAUGUGCACCUGGAGUACUUUGAAGAAGCUAUAGACUUCAUGCUGCAGCAUCCAAAGGUGAAAGGCCCUGGUGUUGGGCUUCUUGGCUUCUCCAAAGGAGGUGACCUGUGUCUCUCAAUGGCCUCUUUCUUGAAGGGCAUCACAGCCACUGUACUUAUUAAUUCCUGUGUGGCCAACACAAUAUCUCCUCUGCAUUACAAGGAUAUGUUUAUUCCCAGUCUUGGCAGUGACUCAGGGAAAAUUGUAGUUACUGAGUCAGGGGUUUUAAUUUUUUUGGAUGUUUGGGAUAAUCCACUGGAGGAACUCAACUAUCAAAGUAUUAUUCCAUUGGAAAGAGCCCAGGGGCGUUUUCUGUUUCUUGUUGGCUUGGAUGAUCAUAGCUGGAAGAGUGAAUUCUAUGCUCGUAUAGCCUCUGAACGGUUACAAGCCCAUGGGAAAGACAGACCCCAGAUAAUCUACUACCCAGGAACUGGUCACUGUAUUGAACCACCUUAUUUUCCUCCUUGUAGAGCUUCUGUGCAUACAGUGUUAGGCCAAGCAGUACUCCAUGGAGGUGAGCCAAAGGCACAGUCAAGGGCACAGGUAGAUGCCUGGCAGGAAAUUCAAACUUUCUUCCAUAAACAUCUCAAUGGUAAAAAAUCUGUGCCGUCCAGCAAAAUGUGACAUUGUAAUCAUAGACCAGAUACUAUGAAUAAAAAUCUAAUUCAUACAACA